AUGCAGCGGGCGUCGCCCUCGGCGCGGGCGAUCAUCGAGCUGGCGAUGCUCAAGCUGCUGAACGCCACCCCGGACUUGCUGAAGCGCGAGGUUCUGCCCUUCAUAGAGGACCUGCAGGACUCCAAGGACGUGGAGUUGCAGCAGCGGUCGUGCGAGAUGCUGCGGCUGGUGCGGAACGAGGACAUGCUCGAGGAGGUGAUGCAGCCCAUGCCGCAGUACGCGGAGGCGGUGCAGCAGAACAACCCGCUGAUAGCUCGGCUAAAGUUCCAGAACAAGAACCGCGCACAGUCGCGGGCGCAGCUGGAAGAAGCUGCGAAGAGCGAGGGCGGCAUCCUCAAGCGCGGCCAGAGGGGCACUGCGGGUGCAACCGGCUCCAAGGGGGCGGCCGCGAACAACAAGAACGACUCCGACAGCGGUUCGGACAGCGGCUCGGACAGUGGCUCCGACGAGGCCGCCGGGCGUUUGCCGGGCGGCGGGCGGAGGCGCGCGGCGGCCGAUAUGGAGGUCCGUGUCGAGGCGGCGGCCGGCCAGGCCAUCCCGCAGGACGCCGCGCGGGGCCCGCAGAAGGGCCGCCAUGACGGGCUCUGCGGGGCGCCCCUGGGCGGCAGGCCUCCCCGGCUGCCCGCCCCGGACGUGUUCCUUGCGGUGCGCGUGGGGGACGUGCAGAAGCAGACCCGGCUGAGCAGCUCCAGGGUGUACCACUUUCCCGAGCCCAAGGACCCGGACGGCAAGUUGCUGGGCAGGGUGGAGAUAGCCGGCUGCCUGCGGCGGGUGGGGUAUGCCAACGUCUCGCUGGACCUCGGCGGCGAUGCCGCGGAGAUCGUACUCGACUGCGCGGACGCGGAGAUGCCCAGGAUGGGCCUCCGGCUCGCGGCAGUCGGCGGCCUGUCCGAGGAGAGGGCCAAGGCCACCAAGACGGAGCGCAAGCUGGAGCGGAAGAACUCUGCCGCCCGGUACAUCGUGGAGCACAACCUGGAGGAGAUCCUGGCCAAUAGCCUGCGCGAGGUGGUGAAGCAGCGGCCCGCCAACCCGCGCGAGUACAUGUCGGGGCAGAUCCUCCGCAGCAGCUCUUCGCCCGCCCUCGCGCCCCUGGCGCCCCUGCGGCCGCUGAACCCCAGGCCGGAGGUGCCCUCCGAGCCCUGCCCGACGCUCCCCGACGUGCCCGCCGCGGAGCCGCAGCGGCCCCGCUCGGCCCUGCGGCGGCCGGGCUCCGGCAGCAGCGGCUCGCGCGUGCGCCUGGAGCCGCUGCCCCUGCCGGCGGAGCAGGCCGCCGCCGCGGAGGCCGCGCGGGAGCCGGAGCCCGGCGGCAGCACCGCGAGGAGCGAGGUCAGCAUGAGGCACAUCGACUCCUCCAUGCUCGAGCAGCAGACCGAGCACUUCGCCGACGCCCGGGCGCCGGCCAGCCGCCUCGCCGCCGCGGAGGAGCCCGCCACCGCCCUGACCGAGGAGGCUGCUCCCGCAACCGGCGUAAUUGAGGCCACACCUGCGCCUUGCGAAGAGGCCGUGCCCGCCCCCACCGAGGAGGCUGCUCCCACGACUGCCGCCGCGGAGGCCGUCCCUGCGCCGUGCGAGGAGGCCGCCCCGGCCCCCACCGAGGAGGCUGCUCCCACGACUGCCGCCGUGGAGGCCGUCCCUGCGCCGUGCGAGGAGGCCGCCCCGGCCCCCACCGAGGAGGCUGCUCCCACGACUGCCGCCGUGGAGGCCGUCCCUGCGCCGUGCGAGGAGGCCGCCCCGGCCCCCACCGAGGAGGCUGCUCCCACGACUGCCGCCGCGGAGGCCGUCCCUGCGCCGUGCGAGGAGGCCGCCCCGGCCCCCACCGGGGAGGCUGCUCCCACGACUGCCGCCGUGGAGGCCGUCCCUGCGCCGUGCGAGGAGGCAGCCCCGGCCCCCACCGAGGAGGCUGCUCCCACGACUGCCGCCGUGGAGGCCGUCCCUGCGCCGUGCGAGGAGGCCGCCCCGGCCCCCACCGAGGAGGCUGCUCCCACGACUGCCGCCGUGGAGGCCGUCCCUGCGCCGUGCGAGGAGGCAGCCCCGGUCCCCACCGAGGAGGCUGCUCCCGCCACUGCCGCCGCGGAGGCCGCCUCUGUGCUGUGCGAAACGGACGCCCCAGCCCCCACAGAAGAGGCCGCCCAGGAAGGCUCCAGCGCAUGGCCGACUCCGGGUAUAGAUGAGACGGAGAUGGCCGAGCUCCUGAACCUGAACGCGAGCCUCUCCAAGUCCAGGACCGGCGCGAUCGCAUCGCAGCUCGCCGAGGGGGUUGCCCUGGCCGCCACCAUGGAGGAGCCCACCGGCGCCCCCGCCGAGGGGGCCGCCCCCGCCCCCACCGAGGAGGUCACUCCACGGACGGCCCCCGCGCCUGGCGAAGAGGCCGCCCCCGCCUCCAACAAGGAUGGGGUUGCACCUGCGUCCAGCGAGGCACCUCAUCCCGACGCCACAGAGGAGGCGGCCGCUGCUGCGCCCGUCGACGCCGCGCCAGUGGGGGAGGCGGCCCCCGUGGCGGGCUCCGCGGAGCCAGCAGAGGCCGCGGCCGACGAGGCCGCCGAUGCAGGGCAGGCAGGUCCUGGGGCCGAGGUCCAGCUUCCAGAGGGCCAGAGCGCCGAGGUUCUCGCGUGGACGCUCGAGAUGGCCUUGAAGAAAGGACUGGUGACGUGGAGUGGCCCUAAGGCGUAG